UUUUUUCUAGCCCCUUAGGGGCGGUCUUCCAGAGGUGCCGUUGGGGUCGCAGGUGCGUGGUUCUGAGCCGGAGGAGGCAGCCCGGGAAGCCGUGGUUCCGAGAACGGAAAAGUUUAUGGUCAUACAAUGAUAGAGCUGGAAGGGACCAUAGCAAUCUCGUCCCAUAUUCUCAUUUUGUAAAGUCAGCUGUGAGUGAGUGAGUGAAUUUGAAGUCAGACAGCGUGGUCUGGGAAUUCUCCAGCCUGCCUCUGCUACUAGAUGAACGGAAAACUCAGUGAUUUGAACUAGUGUCAACAAGGAAUUGUCCUUGGUUUUUGUGCUUUGCAGCAUUCCUCAAAUUCCUUUCACAUCUUCCCUUGCUAUAAGAACUGCAUUUAAGUUAAAAAAAAUGAAGCAGCUGAAAAGAAAAAGGAAAAGCAAUUUUAGCGUUCAAGAGACUCAGACCCUUUUGAAAGAAAUUACAAAAAGGAAAGAAGUCAUUUUUUCCAAGCAGCUCAACACGACAAUUAACGUGAUGAAACGAAUGGCUUGGGAGGAGAUUGCACAGUGUGUGAAUGCCGUUGGAGAAGGAGAGCAGAGAACGGGGACGGAAGUGAAAAGAAGGUACCUUGACUGGAGAGCACUUAUGAAGAGGAAGAGGAUGAAGGCCAACAUUAAGUUAGUUGGUUCCGGAUUUCCCCUUCCCUCCUCUGAUUUAGAUGACUCUCUCACUGAAGAGAUAGAUGAAAAGAUAGGGUUCCGAAAUGAAGCAAAUUUUGACUGGCAAAAUGUGGCAGAUUUCCGGGAUGCAGGUGGAUCCUUAACCGAAGUCAAGGUGGAAGAGGAAGAAAGGGAUCCCCAGAGUCCUGAAUUUGAGAUUGAGGAGGAGGAAGAAAUGUUGUCAUCAGUCAUACCAGAUUCCAGGAGGGAAAGUGAACUUCCUGAUUUCCCCCACAUUGAUGAGUUUUUUACUCUUAACUCAACACCAUCUAGAUCUGCUUAUGAUGAGCCCCAUUUGCUUGUCAACAUAGAGAAACAGAAACUAGAGUUGGAAAAACGACGCCUGGAUAUUGAGGCUGAAAGACUGCAGGUAGAAAAGGAGCGGCUGCAGAUUGAGAAGGAGAGGCUGCGGCAUUUAGACAUGGAGCAUGAGCGGCUUCAGCUGGAGAAGGAGCGGCUGCAGAUUGAGAGAGAGAAGCUGAGGUUACAGAUAGUGAAUUCAGAGAAACCGUCUUUAGAAAACGAACUUGGUCAAGGAGAAAAGUCCAUGCUUCAACCACAGGACAUAGAAACAGAGAAGUUAAAACUUGAGCGAGAACGCUUGCAACUGGAAAAAGAUAGGCUGCAGUUUUUGAAGUUUGAAUCUGAGAAGCUGCAGAUUGAAAAGGAACGCUUACAAGUAGAGAAAGAAAGACUUCGAAUUCAGAAGGAAGGACACUUGCAGUGAUUUUUCUAGGCCUCCCAUUUGGCAAAUAUUUGUAAACUGUAGGUUUUUCUUACACCAGGUGAUAUAAGUAUGGUUGCUGGCUUAGCUGUGGUUUUUAUUUUCUUGUCUAAUAUCAGUGUUUUCAAUAAGAAAAAGUUAUAUGUGGGUAGCUGUAUGCUUAAGUAGCAUAUGACAUAAAAACUCUGUGCCCUAGCAUAAACAGUAUAGCAGGAACUUGUGCUGGACUCUUUAUAUUGGUAAUAUUACAUAGAGUCUUGUAUAGUCUGUGCACCCAGGGUUUACAAUUACGCCUAUAUAAAAUUCUAGCCCAGAGGUUCUCAACCAGGAGUGAUUUUGGCCUCCAGAAGACAUUUGACAAUGUCGGGAGACAUUUUUCAUUGUCAAAGGUGGGGUUAGGGGACAGGUUGCUACUAUCAUUUAGUGUGUAAAGGCCGGGGAUGCUGCUAAAUAUCCUUCGAUGCACAGGGCACCCCCCCACACACACACAGUAAAGCAUUAUCCAACCCAAAAUGUCUCAUUAGUGCUGAGGUUGAGGAAACCGAUCCUAGUCUAACUUUGCACCUCUAUAGCUGUGUUUUAUAGUUUUAGAAUAUUAAAACCUCAGAUAUUUAUGUGGGUAGGUAGGUACUUAAAUGGCCAAAAAUUUUAACUAUUAAAUGUUACUAUGUAGUAUAUUGAAUAUAGGAAGUGAUGAGAUUAUAGAUAUUUUAUUCCCAUCUUUUCAUCUAUAAAUAGCUUUCUGAGAUUCAGAAAACAAUACAGGGAACAUCAGAGAGUUUUUAAAAUGGGUCAUUCAUCUAGCUAUUGAUGCUUUAGAAGCAGGACACAGGUUUUGAAGCUUUAGUUCCUUUUGUUUGAAUCAUCGUCUUAGUUUGGAUAUAAAAAUUGUCAUUUCAACUAUGUCUUGAAAUCUUAUGUUAGUGAAUGGUUGAAGCUAGUAAAAAUGAUACCAGUAUAAAAAUGGUACCAGUAGUCUAUGAGGUUGAACCCAGUGAGCAGUUGUUUGACUUUUAAAAUAAAUAAUAGCAGCUAUUUGGGGGUAGGGGGUAGGGGAGAAUGUUCUCUGUAUCAAAUAAUAAUUAUGAUGUUGAAACAAAGAUAGUAGCUAUGUGUUAUGGAGUGGGGGAAGAAGCACUGAUCACAUGCUGUCUGACUGAUUCUGUAGGAUAAUUCUUGAGAAUAGAAUCUAUUAUUCCUGGAUCUGAAGCUCAGAAGUCACAUAAUGAGUAAAUGGCUGAUCUCCUCUCCCUGAGGAACAAAGUAUGUAUCUUUAGUCUCUCUGGUAUUUAUUCUGAGCCCAAAGGUUUGCUUAACCUAGUUUUUUUUCAGUUCCCUGAAGGUGCUUUUUCCACGAUCCGAGUGAUUCUGAUGCACACUCAAGUUGAGAAUCACUGCACAGGAUCACUUUGUUUUCUGAUUUCCAGGGCUAAUAUGUAGCUUUAAUACAUCUCUUCUGUUGACAGAUACUACCUUGAUUCUGCAUUUGUUCCUUGUUAAUUUAAGAAUGGCUUGAAACUGUAUGUUGACAUUGAGUAUGGGUAUGCAAGGAAAAAAAUAUACUUCUGCGUACUUACCCUGACUAAAAUAGUGUUAUUUUUCUACAUCUGAAAUAAAUGCUUCUACCUUAGAAAUAAA